AGACAGUAGAAUUUAAAUACAGUUUUCUCUCUAUUAAAUUAUCAGCAAAAAUAUAAUUUCAUAUUAAAUGUAACACAUGUUUUAUUUGUUUUUGUUUGUGGUUUCCCCCCGCACUGACCCCGUUGUGCUCUAUGUAAAGGCCCCGCCCUCUUCUCUGUGUCACAAUGAGAAGUCACGCCCAAUGUGCUAAUCACGCACAACGCUUUAAGUCCGAGUGUACAUCAGAGCAGAUGUCAUAACCGCAGAUUUUCUUUUUAAAUGUAGGCCUAAUUUGCGUACAAAAUAGUGUACUUUAUGUCUGUUUCUUAGAUAUUAUGACAGGGCGCAUAAUAAUCGGGGGAAAAAACAUCCUUCUGCUCAGCGAAGCGGCCUCUACUCUAAACGUAGCUGGAGCAUAAACGUUUCGUGCGUGCUAGUACAGAAGAGACAUGAUCAAUAGAAUUGUCUUUUCCGACUGCUAUUGAUUUUUUUUUUAUUGACUGAGGACAGUGACUUUACCUGCUGUCUUUCUUUGCGUGGAGUCUUACAUAGGCUAAUGAAAGCUCAGCAUUGGCUAAUCAUAUUUUACAUAGGUUCGAACCUAUGUCUGACGACAGUUUUAGCCUUUAAACUAUCCCUGAGUUUGGACCGUCAAAGCAGGAGGCAAAGAGGAGCAGGGCAGGGUUGCAUCAGCCAUUUUAAGGUUGUACGCGUUCAAAUCCGUAAAAAAUAAAUAGCCUACUUAUUAAUUUUUCCUGACGUUUUUUUUUUCUCAUACAUAAAUAUGUAAACCCUAAAAAUUCAGGAACUACGCUAUAUUUUAACUUAAUGGCAACGAAUAAAUGAUUGAAGCAUUUUAGCACAUUGGAAAAUAAAAUUUAGUCGUUUAUUUUAUGUAACGUUAAUAUUUUUAUGUAUAGAAACUGUCAAAAUGAGCAUGCAUAUAAAUGCACUGAUUAGAUCGGUGUCGGGCUGACUACUAGCUGUAAUGUUCAUGUUAAAAUAGGCCUAUAAGUGACAAUAAAUUUCAACUCAUGUCAUUCAAUCGGAUUUCCCUUUUAUUUCAACUGUUAGUCGACUCGUAUUACGAAGCUUCCGUAAAAUGUUCAGUUUGUACAGAGGGUUUAGUUUAACUUUUUAUUGAUGCAAGUUAACACUCAAAAACUUACUAGGCUAACUUAACUUAGUGGCCACGCUACAGCUAAAAUAAAUGGCUUCAGUGCAAACAUAACGGAGUUUAUAGUAACUUGUACUGAAAAGGGUAACGUCUUUUUUACGUUCACGUUGUUUACGUGAAAUAGUUUAGAUAUUUGUGUAAUUGUGUUAAAUAAUUCCACACUCUUAGCCUAUUAUUUCUGAUUUCAGCUAGACAAAACACCAAAGAAAAAUCUACAAUGUACAUCUUAAAUGUCAGUUUUUCCCAAAAUAUCUCUGUUGUGCAUCCUCAAUACUUUUUCAUCAGUGGACUUUCAGGUAUACCAUACAGCAGCUAUUACUAUAUUUUCCUGUUUUUCAUUUAUAUUGUUGCUGUGAUUGGGAACUCUAUAGUCCUUCUCAUUAUAGCUGUUGACCAGAGUCUGCACAGUCCAAAGUACAUUGGUGUGUUUAAUUUGGCCUUGGCUGAUAUUGGUGAAACUAAUGCACUGAUUCCUAACAUGAUGAAGACUUUUCUUUUUGAGUCACAGUACAUCUCCUACAAUGCUUGUUUGGCAAAUAUGUUUUUUGUUUACUUCUUUAAUACAAUACAGUGUGUCAGCCUUGUUGUCUUGGCAUUUGAUCGCUUUGUUGCUAUUUGCUUGCCACUAAGAUAUCACACCAUUGUAAAUAAUGCUGUCAUGUGUUCUGUUUUCUCAAUAAUGUGGAUGCUUAGCACUUUUCUUGUGGGCUUGACAGUAUCUUUGGUCACCCGACUUUCAUUCUGCAAGUCCAAUGAGAUACAGAGUUAUUUUUGUGACCAUGGACCAGUGUAUAGAAUGGCAUGUAAUGACAACAGCGUGAAUUCGUUUAUGGCGAAACUGAUCACAGCUGUCUACUUUGCUGCUCCGCUGAUAAUAUUCCUGUCUUACCUUUGCAUUUUUUUCUCUUUAAGUAAGAUUACAACAUGGGAGGGGCGUAUUAAGGCCCUGAAGACUUGUGUUUCUCAUCUGUUGUUAGUUGGAGUGUGUUUCCUCCCCAUAAUCUGCACAUAUAUCGCUGCAAUCAUGCUUUCUCUGUCUCCCAAUGUGAGAAUCAUUAGCACAUCCCUGGCAUAUGCUGUUCCACCAAUGCUAAAUCCUAUGAUAUAUGUCUUAAACACGGCUGAAGUUAAGAACUUCAUCCAAACAGUGAUUAAAAAAAAGUCUACAUCCAUUGACCAGGGUAUUUCAGACUGAUUGCAAAGUGUUUAUUCAUUCCUCUUCUCAAAGAAGUUGUUAAUUUUAUGUAUUCAUUGCACAUUUAAUGUGCACUUAAUCUUGCGAAAUACAGCUGAACUUUAUUAAAGAGAAAAAUAAUGACUGGGCUUGUAUACGGUCUUUGUCAUUUUAUGGCUUGUACUGCCAUCACUAGAUGCUGAGUAUGAUUAACAUAUAUUUUGUUGUUUCUCAUGGGUAUGUGAGCUAUUGCUGUCAGUUCUGUAUUUUUCUGGCACGCUGAAACAAAUGAAUAACCUACAAAUUAAAUAUUAUGUGUAUUUAAAGAGCUUUAUAACAUAAGCUGCUACUCUUAAUUUUUCCUAGUCUUCUGUUAGGAAUAAUCAGGCCUUCAUUUUUUAAACUGAUUGUCAUUCAUCCAUUCGUCUGCAAAACUGAGAAGUAUGGGAAAUUUAUACGCAUCUAUUAUAGCAUCUUGUUGAUUUCUUUGCAUUUCAGUAUUAAUUGUAACACAAAUUUAGCUUUAAAUUUAUUUUUGUCUAUUUGUGAACCUGCAAUCAUAAUCCCAUUUAGUUAGGACUAUUUGUGAAUUUUAUUCAGAUCUAAAAUAUUAUCUAAAAUAAUAUAUAAUUGUUCACUAAUAGUC